GGUGAUUUAUUCAUGUAAUCUAUAUUAUUUAAUAAAGAGAUGAACGAAUAUUACUAAUAGUAAUAAUAAUAAUAAUAAUAAACAUAGGGUUAGUUACAAGGAAUCUCAUUGUACACUUACACUAUUCAUGAGCGUCGGUCAAUUGCACACAUACAUACAGAGAUAUUGAUAUUUGAACAGGAAAACACAAUCAUACAUUAUACUUAAUUAAAUAAUAAGGAAAAUGCCCAGUUGUACAACAGUUCACAUUUAUCAAAGUUACUUGGAUUGAAUCUUUGUGUUUUAAUAUUGUUUGUAAAUAAACUUUAAAAAAAAAAGGAAAAGCAGAAACAUUCUAGUCCAGAUUUAUUUUAUGAUAAUAAUAAUAUUUGACUUUUGUAAACAGUAUAGCUGGAAAUAGUUCAUUUACUUUCAGUCUAUUAUACAUAUACGAUUAUUUACUUACUUAUUUACUUACGCCUGUUAGCCCUCGUGGAGGAGCAUAUGCCGCUCAUCAGCAACGUAUACAAUUGCUUUUUUGGAAUAUUCAACUUUAUUUGUAUAUAGUACAUACCUAUUACAAGUAAAUAAACACACACACACACACAUUUAUAUAUAUUGCAUGGGUGAUUUUAUUCCAUUUCACAUUGUUAUCACGGAUCUUUAUCACAUUGAAUAGUUUAUUCAAUAAUAAUGUUUAUUAUUAAUAAGGAAACAGUUAAAAAUUAUCCAUCAUCAAUAAAUUGUGAUAUAAACAAAUGAAUUUACAAAUUCUUAUAUUAUUAUAUCAUUAUAAUUUAUAUUAUUGUUUCAUUCAAAUUAUAAUUAUAUGUAAUCAAAAUUUUAUUUAUUCAAUUUGUAAUUUAUUGAUUCAAUCAAUUAUUGAUUAUAUUUACAUUUUAUUGAUUAUUUUUAUCAUCAUUAAAACAUUGAAUUAUCAAAAAAUUAAACAAAUUUUCAUUAUUCAUUUGUAUAACAAGUGUUUACCAACCAUUACUACUACCACUAAUACUACUAAUAAUAUUACUAAUAAUAUUGUUAGUAGUAUCAGUAGUUCAGUUAUUUUCUUUAUUCAAUCAUUAUAUUCUUAUUAUUUAAAUCUAUUCUAUUUAUUAAAAUUAUGUUCAUAGAAUUAUUUGAUUGGAGAUGGUAUCAUUAUUAUUAUUAUUAUUAUAAAAAUUGGAAAUCAAUAAUAAUCAUUUAUUUGAAAUCGAUAAUUUAUAUGGAUUUAUUAAUUUUAUUAUUAAAUUUAAACAAAAUUCAAUCAAAUUUUAUUAAUCAAUCAAAUAUGUCUUUCAAUAAAAACAUAUCUUAUAAUUUAUAUAAUAAUAAUAAUAAUAUAAAAAAUCAAUACAUUAUUGAUUAUCAUCAUAAUAUAUCAAAUAUUCAAAUAAUUCAUAAAAUUGAACGUCGAAGUAAUUUAAAACAACAACAAGGACAACAUCAAGGACAACCUGAAGGACGGCAGAAACAAAUCACAAAUUAUAAUGAACCUGAAGAAAUUACAAUACCUGAUUAUACAUUACCAUAUCAAGAUGUUAAAUGUAUGGAAUUUAUUCAAUCAACUGAAAUUAAAUAUAUAAAAGAUUCAUCAAUGUUAAAUGGUUUUUUUGGUAUGUCUAAUUUACCUAAAAGAACAAUUGAAUAUAGUUUUCAAACACCUAAUUAUCCAUCACCAUAUCCAUUAAAUAUUGAAUGUAUUAAAGUGAUUGCUGCACCUACAGAUCAACAUCGUAUUGUGUUACAUUUUCGUGGAACAUUUGAAUUAGAACCAGAAUCACAUUGUACAACAGAUUUUUUAGAAAUAAGAGAUGGUGCUUUUGGAUUUACUACAUUAUUGGGAAGAUUUUGUUCAAAACAAGUACCUGAUUUAGGCGCUGGUCUCAUAUCAACUGGUCAGUAUAUGUGGUUACGAUUUCAUAGUGAUUCAACUAUUGCUCAUAGAGGAUUUCAAGCAGUUUAUCGGUUUAUUCAAACAGGUUCACACAAGCCAACGGAUAGUGUUUCACAUGUACAGUUUCAAAUAAAUUUACAACCUGGACAAGCAUGGAAAUUAGAUGAACAAUAUCUAUUAAUGAAAAUGGAAAAAUUAUCAUCAAAAAUUCAACAAUUACCAUUAGAAGUGGCCUUAGAUAUUAGAUCAACAAAUGGAACAUAUAUCAUGUUACAUAUUGAUCAUGUACAAGUUCCUCAAUCAGCAGCAUGGAGUUGUCAACCAGAAUCAACUUUUACAAAAUUAACAAGAAUUAAAUGCCUUACUGGUGAACCUAUUGUAUUUGGUUUAGAAAAAAAAAUUAAUGGUAAUGAUGUUACAGACUCAGGUUUAAAUAAAUUAUCAUUACAAGAUCCUUCAUCAAUUAUUGAUGGACAACAUACAUUUUUUGAAGUAUAUCCAGGUAAAACAAUAUCACAAUUUGUACCACCAUGUCCUAAAAUUAUCAGAUUCUGUGAUAAAACUAUAGGUCUAUUAAAAUUACCAAAAAAUCAUGGUUCUGAUAGAGAUUUUUAUAUACGUUAUCCACGUCUUAUUAUUCGUAUUGUAAUUGCAUCACCAUAUUUAAAACCAGAUUUAUUAGAUACAAUUAAAACACGUCGUGAUUUAAAAUAUAAUGAUAAUUAUCAAUACUACUAUCAUAACAAUUUCAGUAGUAAUAAUUCAUUGGAAAAAAGUAAUAUGAAUGAUUCAUCCUUACAUCAUCGUCGUCAUCCUCAUCAACAUCUUCAUCAUCGUCGACGACGACGUCAAACAGUGAAUAAUGAUAAAAUUAUUGAAAAAUUACAAGAAUAUAUGCCAAAAUUUAUUUUUAUAUUAACAAGCCUGAAACGAAAACCAGUUGAUGGUAAACCAUGUGUCAAGGAUUGGGAAGCAUGUGAUUCAGAAGUUUGUAUACCAAAACGUUUAUGGUGUGAUGACAUAAUUAAUUGUCCUCAAUGGCAAGAUGAAGGAGGCCACUGUACACGUUCAAGCUUACAUCCAAAUGUAUUAGGUCCUGACGGUCAACUAAUACAAGAUACUAGUAAAAGUGCAUUUGAAUUAAGAAAAGAACAAGAGCAACUUGAAGCGGAAGCGGAACGUUUGGCUGCUCAAAAAUUACAUUUAUCUAUAUUGGCCACUUUAGGCUUAAUAUUGUUGAUUGUCACAUCCACAUGUAUAUUUAUGACUAUACGUCGUCGUCGACGUGAAACAGCCCGACAAUUUAUAAAAUCUAAAGAAGAUGAACAAAAUAUACAAUCAGGUAAAAUGAAUGAUAGACGUUUACAACGAUUAAAUCAUGUUAUGUCUACUGGUGUAUUAUUAGAAGGAAGUAAUCAUUUGAAUAAAGAUAAUAAUAAUCAUAAUAACCAUAAAAAGAAACCAAUAUUCAGUUUAUCUAAUUCAAGCUUAACCCAAGAUAAUCAAUAUUCAAAUACUACUACUACUACUAAUAAUAAUCAAUCAAUGAUGAUGAUGCGUGAAUUGAAAUCUAUGAAAAAAUCUGAUAGCCGAAAUACUACAAUGAUUUGGAAUAGUACUGAUAGUAUUCAUGCACCGUUGCUAUGGCAACGUAAAAGUGAGAAUAUCAAAUUACCAUCCUCUUCACAAUGUCAAAUGAAUUCACAAAAAAAUCUUAUUAAAUAUUCAUUCAUUAAAACAAAAGGUAAUAAUAAUAAUUCUGAUGAAAAAAUAUCCAAAAAGAAGAUUAAUCCUAUGAAACAAUAUUCAAUUGACAAAGAAACUGUUGAAUGUAUUCCAUUACAAGGUACCAAUACUACUACUACUAAUAUUAAUAAAAGUAGUAUUGGUAAUGUAAAUAAAACAAUGAAUGAAUCAAUUAGUUUACCGAAUACAACAAUUAGUUCAGUUAGAACAAUGACAAAUACAUUACAUGAUAAAUCAAUUCAACCAUUAUUAUUAACACAUACAUAUGGAUCAUAUCCAAUAACAUCAUAUGAACAAAAUGAUAUAUGUGAAUGGAAUAAACAUACAUUUGUACAAAAACGAAUGAUUGAACAACAACAACAAGAACAAAUUAAAAGAAGUGGAAAUAAAACAGAAUCCCAUUCUGUUUUAUCCAGUCCACAAAAUCAUGGAAAUUGGAUAGCAACUAAUAUUUAUCCUAAAAUAGAUAAAGAAUUACCUAUUAUAACCAAUACACAUCUAUCACAAACUGAUCAUAAUUUGAAACAAAAAAUUUCUAAUAUAAAUAGUACUAUAAAUCGUACACAAUCAUGGGGUGGUGGUUUACGUUACAAUAAUAAUAAUAAUAAUGUACAUAUAUAUUGUGAACAUGAUAAUCAAUCACCAUCGUUACAAUAUUUACGUCAUUUCAAACCAUCCCAACUAUCAUCUAUACCAAAAUGUCAAUUAUAUUCUGUUAGUAAUAGUCAAGAACAUUUAUAUCGUAUUAAAAGAUCUGAUACUUAUGUCAGUAUGCCUGAUGUCAAUGGAUUACAUGAUAACAAUAAUAAUAAUCAAUUUACAAAUUAUCAUCAUAAAAUGUUUAUGAAUACUAAACAAUUUAUUCCGACAACAUCUACAUCAUUAACCUGUGGUGUCGGAUUACUCAAUAUUGUUACAUCAUCAUCAACAAUUUGUACAGGACAAUUCAUUACAUCAUCAUCGAAAGAUUAUCGACCACCACAAGCUAAACGUCCACGUAUUAUUAAUUCAUUAAUAUCAUCCACUAUGACAUCAAAUAAUGAUAAUAAUAAUAAUAAUGUAGUUAGUAAUGUGAAUAAAUUAUCUAGACAUACAACUCCUAUACAUAAUGAGAAUAAUUUGAAUAAUACAGUAGUAUCACAUCUUACCACUACUACUACUAUUACUAGUACUAGUAGUAAUAGUACUAGUAGUGAUAAAAGUAGUAUUAGUAGUAAUCCUUAUUGUUGUAGUGGUAGUGAACAUUCACAUAUACUUUUAAAUCCUAACUAUCAACAUUUACAUCAUCAACAUCAUCAUUCACAGUCUCCACAUAAUCAUCAUCAUCAAAUUCUUUAUCCAUCAGUUGGAAUACAGAAUGUUUUAUUGACUGAUGAUAAGUUAUCAUGUAAUAGACGAAUUUAUGGUUUAAAUGAUUUUCAACAAAAUAUGUUAAUGUAUGGAUCGAAUACUUCAGCGGUGGAUAAUAUUCGUACAAAUAUAGAAAGAUAUAAAUAUCACAAAGAUGAUAAUGAUGACGAUGAAGAAGAGGAUGAUGAUGAAGAGGAAGAAGGAUCAAAUGAACAAAGAGAGGGAGAUUGCAGGAAUCGUCUAAAAGAAAUUUCAAGACGAACAAAUCUUAUCGUAACUACUGACCAUGUAGAAGAUGAUGAUGAUGACAACGAAGACGAAACAACCUUAUCCAGGACAGAUUCAAAAAAUAGUUUAGAGUUAUUGAAGGGAGAAGGUGAAACAGAUAUGGAAAACUCAGAAAAUUCACCAGUCAAUAAUUCAACUUCCAUAUCUGAAACAGAUACAUCACAAAAUGCUUGUAGUACACAUGAAGAACCAAUCAAGAUUAUUAUUUAUCAAUCUGAACCUUAUGGACAUCGAACUAUUAGCCAUUCAUCAUUAUCACCGACAAAAUCAAUUUCCCCACACUCAUCUCCAAAGCAUCAACAACAUCACUAUCGUCAUCAUCAUCAAUAUAAACCAAAAUAUGUAACUGAUAGAGAUAAAAGUAGUCAUUUACAAAUUAGAUCAGAUGAUCAAAAUAUUUCUGAGACGUCAACUGAUUUAAUCUAUGAAUAUGAAGCCUAAAUAAAAAGCCAAACUUAAAAGUGCCUAAUUCAUAUACAUACAUAUAUAUACAUUAUUUCAACGUACCUUCAGAAAUCUUUGAAAGCACUUAAUAGACAUUCUAAGAAUAGUGUAUUUAUAUGCCUUAAUGAUAGAGUUCAUAGUGAUUCCCUAAUCAAAUCUCUAUCAUACUAUACAAAUAUUUAUAUUCAAUACAACUGAUUACAUAACCUGAGAGUGUUCUUUCUAUGGUAACAAAGAAGAAAGGCAAAAACCAAAAAAAAACAAUCAACUUUGAUAGUAAGAAUAUGAACAAUUUUAAAACAUCUCCAAAUCCGCCCCACCCACCCCCGCCGCUGAAAAACAAAUCAAUUAUUUUUAUCUAGGUUUUUGUUUAAAAAAUAAAAUCUCAUUAGAAAUAGAGAGAAAAAAAACGAUUUCAUAGUAGGAUAGAUUAAAGGAAAACAACUUUUUUUUUCAUUACCAUUUUUAGAAGAUUUCUUGGUAUGUAUGUCAUUGACAUCUCUUCUUUUUUGUAUUCUCUCCCAUGAUAUCUUGUUUAUUACUUUUUAUUGUUUGUUUUUGAUUAAAACUGUACACUGAUGAUUGUAAUUUGAGACACAUAAAACAUUCACCAUUCACAUUGAUCUCUUUUCUAAUCAUAUACAUUGAAUCUAUAAAGUUGAUAAAUUCGAACUAAUAUAAAAGGGGAAAUCAGUCAAACAAAAUAAAGAUAGAAGUAAUUGUUAUGUGUGUCUCUGUGUGUGUGAAUAUAUUGUGUAGCGGCAGAUUAUAAAUGAGAAAUAAAUCCUGGUGACAAUUUCUUUCUUGAAAUGAAUUAUCAUAUUGUAAAGAUAGUAAUCAUCAACAUUAGAUACCAAUUAUUAUUUGACAGAUCUAUUUUUAUGGUCAAAA